UAAAGACCUCUUGUUAAGUAUUGUCAUUUUCUUCCUAUCUCUGAAAAAGUAAAAUUUUUUUGUUGAAACCAAUAGUGAUAGUGAACAAAGAAUUUCUCAAGACGACAUGACUUUCCUAGUGGUAAAAUAGUGAGUUCGUUCGCUCGGGCUGUAAUCUAGAUAUUGAAGUUUUUUUUGAUAAAGUGACUUUUUAUCCACCCUGUAUGUAUAUUUGAUUUUGAACGAAUUUAUUUCGAAUAAAUAUAAUUAUAUUUAUUUUUUAUUCAUUGAACAAAUGAAAAAAGAUUUUUUAAAAUGUUUUCUUUUCGUGUAUUUUAAAGAAGAUCUUUAUAUUCUGAGUUAUUUAAUACAUAAUAAAUUUUAUUUGAAUGGUUAAACAAUAUAAAUAUCGAUGUUCGAAUCUAACAAAUAGAAAUUUUAAUUGUAUGUGAGUGUGUGUCAUUUGAUGAGACAGCAUUGGGCACUGAUGAUAAUGACGAAUACAUUUGAAAUCACCAACCUACCUUCUGAUGACACAAAUUUAAAAAGAAAAAAGAAAUUUUUUUUUUCUUUGUUUUUCAUUUUAGUUAAAAAGAUGUGAAAAAGAUACUGAUGCAAUAUAUGCCCUUAGUCCAAAUUGGUAUCGAGAUUGGGAAAAUUUUGUUUGUGAAAAAUCAUCUGAACCUCCAGGUCCAAUAUCAAAUGCAGCUAUUUCAACAACAAAAAAUGGUGUUACUCGUUUAAUUAGACGUGAUUGUAAUUAUUUUCAAGUUAACGAAUCUAUAUGGAAUUUCUUAUAUUCAAUAUAUGGUGGUGGACCUGAAUUAAUUAUUCGAUCGAAUUCUACAAUGAAUUCAAAUCUAGAUGAUCAAAUAUCUUCGAGUAAUAAACCUGCAGUGACUUUCGUCUAG